UUGAGAUAUGGCUUUUGUAGUUUGUUAUCUUCUUGCCUUUGCAUUCUUCAAUUAUGCUGAAGCACAACAACUGCAGUCUAAUAUAAGCAGGGGCUCUGCUUUAACACCCACUACCAACUCCUCAUGGUUGUCUCGUUCCGGUAUGUAUGCCUUUGGCUUUUACAAGCAAGGCAAUGGCUUUGCUGUGGGGAUAGUUGUUGCUGCAGUCCCCCAAAAGACUGUGGUGUGGACUGCAGAUCGAGAUGGUGGACUAGUCUCAGACAAUGCCACCUUGUUCUUCACAAGUGAUGGAAUUGCCUUGCAGUCGACAAAAGGGCGAAGUUUGGUGGUUCAGUCUCCAAUGCCUAUUUCUUCUGCUUCGAUGCUUGAUUCAGGUAAUUUUGUGCUGUACAAUGCGAGUCGGGAAAUAGUAUGGCAAAGCUUCCAGUACCCAACUGAUACCUUGUUGCCCACUCAACCACUGCUAGCAGGGAAGGAAGUUCGGUCUGCUAAAUCAGAAACUGAUCACUCAUCAGGCAUUUUCCGUCUCGCUAUGCAAGUUGACGGAAACCUUGUCCAGUAUCCUGUGGACACUCCACCAGUAUCUCAAUAUGCGUACUAUGCAUCUCUCCCAUAUCUAGCAGGAUCAAAUGUGUCGCUAAAUUUUGGUGUUGAUGGCCGUCUCUACUUGCUCAAUGAUACUGGUGAAAAUUUAAUGAAUAUCACCAAUGGAGGUCUUCCCAUUCGAGGAAAAUCUCAUCUUGUGAGAAUUGAUGCAGAUGGGAUUCUUCGUCUGUAUUCAUAUGAUCUGAAACAGAAAGGAAAUUGGUCUAUUAUAUGGGAAUCUUCCACAAAUAGAUGUGACCCUAAAGGUAUAUGCGGAGUUAAUAGUUACUGUGUCACAAUGGGGGCAGCAAUUGAUUGUAAAUGUCUUCCUGGAUUCGAAUCUGUCAACCCGGGAAAUCAGACUUCAGGUUGUGAGAGAAAUUCUUCCGUUGGAGAUGUUUGCAGAUCGAAGAAUUGGAAUUGCAACUACACCAUGCAAGAACUGGGCAGCACAGCAUGGUAUGAUGAGCCAUAUGUGGUUCUGCCAUCUUCAGGUAAAGAAGAUUGCAAACAAGCCUGUUUGGAGGACUUGAACUGUCUGGCUGCAGUUUUUAACGGUUCAAGAUGCAGAAAGCAGAGGCUUCCUUUGAGGUAUGGAAGAAGAGAGGAGGAUACUUCACACGUAAUUUUCCUCAAGGAGGUUGUCAUGUCUUCUGCAGCUCCAGCUCCAGAUGCGGUUGUUCCAAAAGGAAGCAGGAAAAAUGGUAGAAUUGUAUUCUUGAUUGUUGGCGUGUCAUUUACUGCUUUGGGGUCCAUUUUGUUGGUAAUUUCUGUAAUUGUAUUAUGGAAACACAAUGUCUGGGCAUAUAAAAGAAUGAAUGAGCUCAAUGGUGAUGCUGAGCGGAAUGAGGAUGUGGUUCCGCGACCAUAUGCUUAUGAAGAGCUAGAAAAGAUGACUACUAAUUUCAAUGAAGAGGUUGGUAGAGGAGCGUCAGGAACAGUUUACAAAGGGGUGAUCGAAAAUAGCCAAAAGCUAGUUGCUGUCAAGAGACUUGAGAAAGUUGCAGCUGAAGGCGACAAAGAAUUUCAGACUGAAAUGAGAAUUAUUGGCAGAACCCAUCAUCGGAAUUUAGUCCGUUUACUUGGGUACUGUCUUGAUGGACCAAAGAAGCUUUUGGUGUAUGAGUACAUGAGCAAUGGUUCACUUGCAGAUAUACUCUUCACACCUGAGAGGAAACCUUAUUGGGAAGAAAGAAUGGGAAUUGCAAGGAACAUAGCACGAGGGUUUCUUUAUCUCCAUGAAGAGUGUGAUACACAGAUCAUUCACUGCGACAUAAAACCUCAAAACAUACUGAUGGAUGAGUACAUGUGCCCAAAAAUCUCUGACUUCGGACUGGCCAAGCUGCUUCAGCCAGAGCAGACCAGAACCACUACCGGCAUUAGAGGGACUAAAGGGUAUGUUGCGCCUGAGUGGCAUAGGAAAAUGCCUAUAACAGUUAAAGCAGAUGUUUACAGCUUUGGAAUUGUGCUGUUGGAGAUUUUAUGCUGUCGAAGGAAUGUAGACUGGAGUCUUCCUCAUGAUGAAGCUAUCUUGGAUGAAUUGGUCUACCAUUAUUUUGAGAGUGGUGAGCUCAGGAAAUUGGUUGGGGAUGAAAACAUAGACAGAAAGCAAUUGGAAAAGGUGGUUAAAGUGGGACUUCUGUGCAUCCAGGAUGAGCCGUCGCUCCGUCCUUCUAUGAAGAAGGUUCUGCUUAUGUUGGAAGGGAUUGUAGAAAUCCCAGUUCCUCCUAGUCCAAAUUCAUUUCUCAAUACCAUCUAGAUUCUCAAGUUGUUUGAGCUUUGCAUUUGAUCGAUGUG